ACCAAACAGUUACGAACAAUACGCCUUCGGUGUACCUUGAUCAAGCACUCAACUAUGAGUAGAGACCGUGAUAUGGCGUGUACAGUGCUGGUGUUUUUAUUGGCUGGAGUUAUGUGUGUGGCGGCAAGCGAUGAUUGUAUUUGUGCAUCGCCCCAUGGUCACCCUCAGGAUGUGUUUUGUAGCUCCGAUUAUGCUCUACGUGGUUUAGUGACAUCAGGACCGAAGAAAGAGACCAUCAAAAUCAUGCAACCACCCGACAAACCUCUCACAAGAAACGUGCUUAGCUACAUCGUCGAGAUCAGAGAAGUGUACAGAGGGGGCCAGAUAAUACGGCGGACCACCGGGUUACAGCACCGCAACACAACCCUACUCCUCCCCUCAGAAGUUCGCAUUACUACGGACGACAACGCAUGCGCCGCCAUACUACCGCUGAACACGGAGCAACUGAUUGCGGGCUACUCGGACGGCGCACGCUUAGAAGUGUUCUCGUGUAACUGGGUGGAGCCGUGGGGGAAUCUCACCGUGUCGCAACAGAUUGCGGUAAAGAGGUACUAUGGCAGGCACUGUGCUUGUCGGACCAGUCUAUGCAGCUUGCUGGAUCCUCUAGGCACGUUGCUAGACUUUGAGUGCGCUAGGGAGCACUUGUAUUGCCGAUUGAGGAGGGAUGGCGCUACGUGUGGGUGGCGGUCGAUAGGGAGGUGGUAUAGGGAGUGCGUGCUCGAUAUACACGCUAGAAAUAACUAAGUCAUUACUAAUAGGGUGGUUUAGAUGCGCGACGCUGGCGACAGGACGCAGGCUUGCGCAUGUUCGCCACCGUUGUGUCAUCGGCGUUCUCAUCGCAUUCAGACAUUAGACAAGCAUAGACGUUCCUAGACGGACGGCCAUCGGAAGUCCAACGUUUUUUUUUUUUUUUUUUGUAAAGUCUUGCUCUCAUCCGAUAAAAGAGGGCGGAUCUGCUCUGUCAUGCGGGAUUAAAGAAGAAACCUGCAAGCGUUUGUGUAGCGUUAAAAUAAAAAAACGUCUACUUCCGGUUACCUCUCGUCGACCAGGAACGUCUCCGCUGGUUUUCUAUUCGAUAUUUACUUCAGGGCACGACGCCGACAAUAAAAUCCGUGGAACCGGACCUAUUCACCACCUCGAUCAAAUCGUAUAUCUCUGGCUAAACGAAACGCAACUUGUCGCAUAUUUUCCUACUUAUAAGAACUUGUGUAUCGUUUGGACGCGAUAACUUGCGUUGACUUGCGUGCAGGAGCUAACAUCUAUAUUUUCGUUUCGUUUGACCAGGGCUUAUAUCGUGUUGCAUACCCCGUAAGUAGUUCUGCCUACCAUCUGCUAUUUAUUAGUUAUUAGCAAUGAAAUUAUGUGAUUCCAUUUCCUUGUUAUUUCCAAAUGUUACUCUUUAAGUGUUGAUUGAAUUUGAAUUUAGUAUAUCUGUCGACAAAGAAAAUAUAAAAAAUGAUGCAUUGCUAUUAUCUUUGCGCAGAGCGUGUACACAAAAAACUCGUCACUUUUCCAUAGCCCAAGCCCUUUCAAAUGCAUUUCUCCGGUGAUUUUUAUCCAAACUCACAUUCGAUUCUGCCCAAUCGACGAUGAAGUCUAAUUUGCUAAAAAAAAAUGUUUUCAAAACUCUCCAGUUGUGAGAUGACGAUGUUGAUUUGCCUGUGGUAUAAUUACAGAUAUGAAUUAUAUUAUUUGUAAAUAAUAUCCGAAACAUUGAAAAAGGUAGUAAUAAUUUUUCACCACAAUUCUUGGCUUUGUGAACUGUUUAUUUAUAGCUAAACGGGCGCAACUCCAAUAGGUUAAGUAGUGUAUUCUACCAAUAAAUCAAAUACCAUACUA